UGCAUUAAUCAUAUUUUCUAUAUGCGUCAACAAUUCUAGACUAUGUUUGGAUCGAUAUACAAAAAAACAUCAUUUCAAAUGACUCUGAGAGCCCCAGUUUAAUAUCGCAUAAAAGCUUCCGUCGUGACGUCAUCAGUCAAGCGCCGCGAGGGUUGGCGAUUCGGUAGCUGACAGCAUAACUGAUAAACACAAAUGGGAGUCACUUGUGUAUGCCAGGUACCGGUGGCAGAGGGCAAGAGUGUCCAACAGUCGGUCGACCUUCUGCACAAGAAGUUGGAGCAGCUUGGUGCUGUGAAACAGGGCAGCUUCUGCGUAGACUGUGAGACAUACCAUGCAACUGGAAACGUCAGCGGACAGCCCUCCAAACUUCUCUAUGUCAUGCACAACUCUGAAACUCCGUUGAGCUGCCUGGCAAUGUAUGAAGGAGGACCCUGCCUGGUGUCCGAUGCAAAUUUUGAUGUUCUUAUGGUCAAGCUGAAAAGCCACUUUCAGAACGCAAAGGCCCAUAAGGUGGAAUGUCGAGGUUCCAGAUACCGCUACUGUGACUUUUUAAUUAAAGUUGGCACUGUGACGAUGAGCUGCAGUGCAAGAGGAAUAUCAGUAGAGGUGGAGUACUGUCCCUGUGUUAUCCCUGGGGACUGCUGGAAUCUUAUGAAGGAAUUCAUGCAGUCUUUUCUUGGUACCAACGUUCCAGAGUUGCCGUCUGUGUUCAGCGCCAAACCUGAAGGGCUUUUUGCACCUGCAGACUGUGUGGACACAAUGACUCAGUAUUUGGAAUUGUUUAACAAACUUCGUAAACUGCAAAUCCAGAGUAGUAAUGCACGCUGAUUUGGUUGGGAAAUGUAUUUGUUUAUGGUCUUUCAACAGUUUUUCAAGAAAACCUGAUGUAUCAAUUGUCUUUUUUUACAUUUUCUAUUAAAAAAUGUAUAGAUGUAAUCAUGAAUUAUUUUGUGGUUUCAUUACUUGUUAAUUGCAGAAUGUGCGUCUCUAAAAAUAGAUUUCCUGUUACCGUGGUUUGACAUUC